AAACAUUUGAGAAACAUGUCGAACAUUUGAAAGCAAUAUUUUCUUUAAUUAAAAAUGCAAAUUUACAAAUUAAUCCUGAAAAAUGUCAUUUUUGCACUAAUGAAAUGCAAUUUCUUAGAUAUAUCGUUAGUAUAAAUGGAAUAAAACCUGACUCUCAAAAGACAGAAGAACAUAAUAGAAUAUUUAAUUACCUAAAACAAUGUUUAAUUACUGCUCCAAUAUUACAAUACCCUGAUUAUAAUGAACCUUUUAUUAUAUUUAUUGAUGCAUCCUAUCAAGGACUUGGAGCUAUAUUAUUCCAAGUAAAAGAUGGAAAGAAAUAUGUAAUAGCCUAUGCUAGCAGAACAUUAACUUCUGCAGAAAAGAAUUAUAGUACUGUUGAAUUAGAAU